UUGACAUCACUAGCUGGCAGAAUAUCUGGCUUUUUUUGCAUUUUGCGUUUUCAACUGAAGUUUGCGAAUAAACCGAAGCGUGGAAAACCACAGAACUCAAACAAAUAGACAGAAAAGCAUCUGCAAGUCGGUGAAGAAAUCGCACGUUGAUCGUUGUUUUUUUUUCUCGACAUUUUCUGGUAAAAGACCGUGCGUGCGUGUGAGUCUCUCUCGCUCUUCCUUUUUUUUAGUCCAUGCGUGUGUGUGUGGUCGCAUAAAUUUACCGAUAUUUCGCCUGUGAGAGCGAAACGGGCGAAAAACGAAAGAAAAAAAAGAGGCGAGUAAAGUAAAACGAAACAGGCAGAAAAACAGCAGUUUUGUUGAAAUAUUGGUCUAAAAAACGCAAACCAAACAGGAACAACAAAUAGCCAGGCAAAAACAGGACGCACAAAAAAUAAAAUCAAAACGAAGAGAGGCGCUAAGCGGAGAGAGUGAAAUUCUCAACAACGACAAGAACAACACCAGAAGUAGCAGCAGCAGCAACAACAAAAAUGAUCAAAUCCACAAUGAGCGAUGCAGAACUCUUUGAACCUCCGAUGACCAUUACCCCAGAGCAUGAGUUGCGUUUUGUGGGGCCCUUCAACCGACCCGUUGUCACAAUCAUGACUCUGCGCAGCAACCAGGGUCUGCCUCUGGUCUUCAAGAUCAAGACAACCGCCCCGAAGCGCUACUGCGUGCGUCCAAACAUCGGCAAGAUCAUGCCCUUUCGAUCGACCCAGGUGGAGAUCUGCCUCCAGCCAUUCAUCUACGAUCAGCAGGAGAAGAACAAGCACAAGUUCAUGGUGCAGAGCGUCAUUGCACCCUUCGAUGCUGAUCUAACCGAUUUAAAUAAAUUGUGGAAGGAACUGGAGCCCGAUCAGCUGAUGGACGCCAAACUGAAGUGCGUUUUCGAGAUGCCCCGCGCUGAGGCAAAUGCUGAGAACACCAGCGGUAGUGGCACCAUUGCCGCCGGAACCGGGGUUGCCGGAGGCGGAAGCGCGGGGGUCAAUACUAGCUCAGCCAGCGGCGAAGCGCUCGAGAGCAAGCCGAAGCUGGAAAGCUUUGUGGACAAGCCAUCCAAUUUGCCCGAUGUGUCAAAGAAUUUGGAGGCAAUGGCCGGAGAGAUUAAGGAGCUGCGUGAAAUCAACAUCGAACUACGAAAAGAGAAUCUUCACUUGAAGGAUCAAGUCACACGUUACCGGAGCUCGCCGGCCAUCAAACAGGUGAAUGAGCCCUAUGCCCCAGUCCUGGCUGAGAAGCAGAUUCCGGUCUUUUACAUUGCAAUUGCCAUUGCUGCGGCCAUUGUUAGCCUCCUGCUGGGUAAAUUCUUUCUCUGAAUGCCAUAAACGAACGCCAGCAACAUGCUACAUGCUACGUGCAGCAACAGUAACAGCAAGAACAGCGGCAACACCAUCAUACAGCAACAGCAAAAGCAGCAGCAACUAACAACAGCAACCACAACGAAAGAACAACAGCAGCAGCAGGAGCAUUAAGAUCCAUAAUCGGCAAAAGAAGCAAUCCACAGAGACGAAUGUUAAGCUGACUAAACCGGGGACCGUAUAUAUACGGAUAUGAUAAAAAUCAAAAAUAAUCAUUGUUUGUUAGUGAAGCAAAUAUCGCUCAGAGUAAUGAUUAUGAUGUGAGAGUUGUUGUUUAACUUCAAAAUAUUGCUCAAAGUCAGAUUGCAGUUAUAUUGAUACGAAUUUUAACAUGAUUUAAAUGUAAAGCAUCCGCAACAUUUUUAAGCUGUAUUUACAAGAUUUCGCUGGGAAUGAUCGCAACCGGACUUUGAGUAAUACGAAUCUCUCACAAAAUAAUCAAUACUUAAAAAUAGGAAUAAUAACGAAUGAUUACUUUUGGUCCCUGAACUAAAAAAAAAAACAGCAGAGAAAGGGAAAAAUAGGAGAGACGUAAAAAUUGUAUUUUCGCAAAGAGGAAAAUCUCUCAAGAAAUAUUUAAAAUCCGCUAAGAUCCCAUACGUAUAAUUGCUCAGAUUUUCGAUUGCAUUUUUUCGCUAUUAUUAAUUAAGAAUUUUAGUUUAAAAUGCUUCUUUUAUUCGUUUUUGAUGCAUUUUCAACCCGGAAAAGUAAAGUAUUUCAAAGAAUAACCAAAAUUAUCAUUAAUUAUACCUUCUCGACGAAUCUUAAUGGAAAACCAAAUUGUUACUUGAGUGCGAGAAUAAACUUCAGUUUUUUUAAAAUUUAUUUUUUAUUUGCUUUAUUUUUUUGCAACCACAUAGACCUAGAUGUCAAAUUUAAAUCGAAAACAGAAAAGCAUUUGUCAAGAAAAGAACCUUUAGCAAAAUGCAAACAAAAAUUAAAAAGAAACACUUGUAUGGAAAACCAAUCAAUGAAAAGCUUCAAGAAAUAAAAGAAAAACAAAAUGCUCUGCAAGGCCGACGCUCUCUAAAAGAAAAGUUGCUUCACCUCACCCCUCGUCCUAUCUCUAUUUCUCAUUGUCCGUUUGUCCCUCUCUAAACGAGAUCUAUAUAUACUUUUUUAUAUAGAAUCAUUAUUGUUUUGGUUGGCAUUUGCAUUUACUAAGUUUCGUUUUAGUCAUUUCAGUGGUUACACUACUACACCCACACACACACACACCACUCAAUGAACGCUAUAUAUAUAUAUAAUAAUAUAUAUAUAUAUUAUAUGAAUAUACUGAAUUUCUAUAAGCAAACCUUUACGUAAUUUUUGUUGUUUGCCAAGGUCGAAUUGAACGAUUUCCAGCCUAAUGGCACCGAAAUUGAGAAAAUCCAUUAACUGUAUCCGACACGCCGAUAUAUACGAUCUAAUAAGUGCAAAGCAAAUCAAUCAUUUUUUUUUAAAAAACGUUUACUAGAAGCUAAACAAACGCGUGUUGUUCAUGGUUUACACUGCACCCGUGGAUCCAUAGAUAUAGUUCCGGCACACCCACUCACUUGGUUCCUUCCGUAGCGCCAUCUAAUUGCUCGCGAGUCUAAUAUUUUUAGAGUCCGGGCAUCAAACUGGCGAGGCAACUUGUUUCACACCAUUAUUUCCCAACACAUUUCAUUGCUAUUGUUCGUGGUUACGACUUUUUUAUAUAGUUUGCAAAGCAUUGGAAAGGGUAUAUAGAUUUAUACAUGAAUAUAUAUUCACCGACAUGCAUGAUCGCUGUAUUUUCAUAUGCAUGUGGAAAAACUCGUAUUUAAAUGUUUAACUAGAAAUACAGAAAAAUAAACUAAAUACAAAUAAAAAGCGAAGUGAAAAUAAAAAUAAACAAAUGAUAAAGACAAGCAAAUCAUAAGCAAAUUGUACUUGAUGUCAGCUGUAGCAAAAACAAACCACAAUAUAUAUGAACAUAAUAAUAAUAAAAUGUGGAAACGGAACAUAACAUUCAAAAAUUGUUUCGAUACAUAACAACAUCAA